AUGUAUCGUCCUCCUAACUACGACAAACUGCUCAAUUAUCCAGUUACAUCGUACACACACCAUAUUGAUGCAAAGGAACGUUCCCAUGCCUUAUCAGCCCUAGUUUUUUACGUUCAACAAGCGUCAUACCCCGAUGACAUAUCGUCCAUAAAAAAAGGGUUGCGUUGUUCUCCCGCCAUUCAGAAACUCGAUCCGUUCAUUGACGUUUAUGGACUUAUCCGAGUGGGCGGACGUCUCACGAACGCCGACCUGCCAUACGCUCACAAACAUCCAUUGCUGUUACCAUGUCAUCAUCGCCUAAUCGUGUUACUCAUUGACCAUCAUCACCACAGGCUAAAACAUCCAGGUUCUAUAGCCCUUCAAGCUCAUUUGCAGCGUGAGUUCUGGAUACCAUCGGCACGAAGACUUAUUCGAUCUCGUAUACGACUCUGCGUCGCAUGUUUCCGUACCCGGCCACGGUCAGUUCAGCCCAAAAUGGCCAGUCUGCCAAGUUAUCGAGUUCAACAAGUUAAACCGUUUGCCAUCACUGGUGUGGACUACGCUGGUCCUAUCACGUUGAAGGAACCUCGUGGUCGUAAAUCAGUACCUAAACUAGCAUACUUUUGUUUGUUCGUAUGCACCACUACUAAAGCAAUUCAUUUAGAACUGAGUUCUGACUUGUCCACCGAAUGUUUUUUGAUGGCGUUUACUCGUUUUUCAGCCAGACGUGGGCCCAUUAAGGAAAUGCACAGUGACUGCGGGACCAACUUUAUUGGAGCGUCACGGUUGAUGGACCCCCUUCAAGAACUUACGCAUUCCCAAUUAUUUCAAGACAGUGUUCAUCGCCACCUUGCCAAUCAUCAUAUAACUUGGCACUUCAACCCUCCAGCAUCUCCACAUUUUGGUGGCUUGUGGGAAGCAGGAGUCAAGUCCGUUAAGUCAUUAAUCCUUCGAUCAAUUGGCAUCCACCAAUUGACCAGUGAAGAAUUCCUAACACUGCUCACCCAGGUUGAAGCGACCUUAAACUCACGCCCAUUAUGUGCACUCAGCAACGACCCAGAUGAUUAUGAAGCGUUGACACCUAGUCAUUUUUUGACUCUAGAGCCUUCGACGUCACUUCCUGACCCAAGUUUAGUCAAUGUUCCGAUGUCGAAAUACCAACGAUGGCGAUUAAUCACAGAUCUACACCGACAUUUUUGGACACGAUGGAGGAACGAAUACCUCAGUAGCCUUCAACUUAGGAAAAAAUGGUCUGCACCCGGUCAGGAACUCCGUGUUGGUGACCUUGUCCUCGUCAGGGAGGCGACACAUCCUCUUCAUUGGCGAACUGGAAGAAUUCGCGAACUCCAUCCAGGCUCAGACGGGAUCUCCAGAGUGGCCACUCUCGACACGUCAUCCGGACCAUUGAAACGCCCAGCGGUCAAGCUCUGUCCACUCCCAACCUCUUGA